CUGACGUUUCGGUUCAGCUCACGGCCGCUCGUUCAAGGCUGAAAGAUCCCCGCGGUGUCAGAAACCAACCCCCAAGUCGGCACGACACGAACUUGCCGUACACGCAGGAGUGACCUUUCGCCGGAGUGACCUUUGGUGCGGGAUCACCGGGCCCCCCCCCCAGAUGGCUGACCGCGAUGCGACAGAGGCCGCCUGCGUGCUUGGAUCUGGCCACCUUGCGCCCCCUUGCUCCGCGCACUGAAGGUCGCUCGUGCCAGGGGUCACUCUUGCGUGUGCCCGAGAGGAGUCUGCCGCGAUGGUGCUGGGCAUGCCAGGGGCCGAAGCCCGCGAGGGCCCACCACUGCAGGGUCUGCGGCCGCUGCGUGCUGAAGAUGGACCACCACUGCCCCUGGGUGAACAACUGCGUUGGCGCCCACAACUACCGGUACUUCUGCCUCUUCCUGCUCUACCUCGCCCAGGGUUGCCUGUUUGUGCUGGUGGUCUUCCCCUACGGGUUCACCACGUGGGGCUUCUGGGGCUCGGCUGCCGAAGACGAUGCCGUGGUCCGCAGCUUCCAUCCAGCGGCCUGCCGCGGCCAGUCUCGCUACUGUUUGGUGCUGCUGGCCUCUCGAGCGUCUCCUGCGCGACUCUCGAGGGGUCAUUGGGUCGUCGUGGUCGGGCGAGGUCCUCUCUGCCAGGCCUUCUGAGGCCAAACCUGCAACCAUGCGCGCAUGAUACAUGUUUUGCACAUGCGCUGAAGAGAAAGCGCUUUAAAAGCAUGCUGUCCCGCGCAGUCGGCAUACCUUGUUGAUUCCCACUUCUUGUAUCCGUUGCUUACAGCACUGUUGCACCGCUGUUUCCGCCUUGCCUCUUGAUGUGUCCCGGGGCCUGGCCCCUUCAGACUUCCACCAACCUUUUUCCCAUUCACCACUGUUUGGCCUUCAUGGCCCACCACUGUGAGCUCAAGGCACGGUGGCGGAUCAGGCCAUGGUCCCCGCCGCCGUGGCCGCACGGUUGCCGGGGUGGCGGUGGCUCGAGGCGUUCAGCCCACUGGCGCUGAUGGUGCCGGCGGGCUGGGUGGCCGCCGCCAUCGGGCUCCUCUCGAUGUGUGGCAUGGGGGGUUGCCACGCCUUCCUCGUGCUGACCAACCAGACCACGAUCGAGUUCUACGCGAACGGCGACGACCGCUGGAGGGCGUGGGUGGAGUGGAGGUCUUGGCGCAGCCCGCACGACCUGGGGCCCGCCGCCAACUUCCGCUCCGUCUUCGGCCCCAGCUCUUGCUGCUGUGGCCGCUGCCGUGCUGGAGCCCGCCCCCCGAGGCCGAGGGCGCGGCCCGUGCCCCGGGCGCGCCGGCCGAGGGGCCCGCCCUGCCCAGCCCCGCGGCGAGCGGCUCGGGUGCGGAGAGCGGCGGGCCGCGCCCGAGAGUCGGGCCGGA